ACAUGUACAUGUGUAUUAUAGAUAUAGGUACCGUUCAGUGACAAAGUGAAGUGCCGCUACUUCCCGGCAAAAUCCGGCAGAGAAAUACCAACCGCCACCACCAUGGCCAUAGACGAAGAGCAAAGAGCAGCUAUCAAAGCCAAAUUGCAGGCUCGCGACGAUCACAUCCGCGAAUCAUGGGUCCGAGCAAUGGAGGCACGUCUUGUCCGUGAAGAGUUGGAAAAAUGUCAAAGGACGGAAGGUGUCAAUGGGUUUGAGAACUGCAAGUGGUUGUCGGAAAAGUUAUUAGAAAAACUCAACGAUUCCAGAGUCAAGGGUUACAAGCAUAUAGAUGUAUGACCUACCGUGUAAAUGUUGCUAGGGCUAGGAUUUCUGGAAUAAUUUGUCUAUCAUUGCUUCAACUUUCCACAUCAUCUUCCUCUAGAACCUAAAUACGAUAAGCCAAAGA